UUUCCUCACAAAUCACAAUUACUAAACCUAGAAAAGUUCAUAACAAUUAUUCAAAGAGAAGAUAAGAGAAUGUCUAACAAUAGUCAGAACUUGAGCUUCAACGCUGGCCAAGCUAAAGGCCAAACCCAGGAAAAAGCAAGCAACCUGAUGGACAAGGCCUCGAAUGCUGCUCAAUCUGCUAAGGAAUCUCUCCAAGAGGGUGGACAGCAGCUGAAGCAGAAGGCACAGGGUGCGAGUGAGGCCAUUAAGGAAAAGACCGGGCUGAACAAAUGAGAAGCACGUUCCGAAUAACAAUUUAUGUUUUAUUUUACUCUCAUAAUAAUAAUAAUAAUAAUUAGAUAGAGUUGUCUAUCUAAAGCUAAGAUCAAAGCCAUUUAGGCAUUUUGUUUUGCUUUGCUAAGUUUAUCUACCCAAGAGUUGUUGACUCUUGUCUCUUCAUUAUUCUGUAGCUUCGCAGUUAUUUUUAUAUGUAAUAAACGUAUGAAAUACAUGAAACUAUGUCUUAUUUUUA